AUGACUAUACUUGCAAAGCACAACAAAUCACUCUAUAAGGUUACUGAAAAAAAAAAGUACAUUUCAAAUACCUUCCUGGUGCUUCAUGUAGAAGCCAUAAAUAUCAACAACAAGAAUGAUUAUGCCAAGAUGAUAAAGAAGAUCAUUUCAGAGAAACUUAAAAAGGUCAACAUCUUUAUUGAUAUGAAGAAUGUCAAGAAAUUGCUUGAUUCUACCCACAAGGCAAGUCUUGAAGACUUUGUGAUACCUUGGCUAACAAAGAAACAGAGUUCUUCAGGAAAUGCUGCCAGCCAUGAGAGUAGAGAAUCUGAGGAUGAGGAAACUGUGCUUGUCACUAAGCAGGAUGCCCUGAAGUUAAGUGGGAGCUGUGGUGACAGCCCUGGCAGCUACUCUGACAGUGGGAGCAUCACUCUCCUUUGGUCUUGA